GUGUCAGUGACGCUGCGUCUGCAUCAGCGCACGGUUGCAACGCGACACUUCAGAGACGGUUUUCCUCCGUUAUUUUAUCACAGUGGGUCUACCAUACGCGCCACAAUGGAGACUAAACCGGUCAUCACCUGCCUUAAAACCCUCCUCAUCGUUUACUCCUUCGUGUUUUGGAUAACAGGAGCCAUCCUGCUGGCAGUGGGAGUAUGGGGGAAGUUGAUGCUUGGCCCAUACAUCUCUCUGAUAGCCGACAACUCCACCAACGCCCCGUACGUCCUCAUCGGCACCGGGACCGUCAUCGUGGUUUUCGGCCUGUUUGGAUGCUUCGCCACCUGCAGAGGAAGCCCAUGGAUGCUGAAGCUGUAUGCCAUGUUCCUGUCCCUUGUCUUCCUCGCUGAGUUAGUGGCCGGGAUUUCUGGAUUUGUUUUUCGCCAUGAGAUAAAGGGAACCUUCCACAGGACAUACACUGACGCCGUCCUGAACUACAACGCUGAGGAUGAGGCGAGCCGUGCUGUUGAUAACUUGCAGCACAGGCUGCGUUGCUGUGGUGUGUAUAACUACACCAGUUGGUUUGGCAGUGUGUAUUACCCCUCCAACGGCAUUCCUGCCAGCUGCUGCUUCAACGUCUCCGACUGCAACCCAGAUGAACUCCGCAACACAACUCUAGCCCCGAGCAAGGUCUACCACCAGGGAUGCUACGAGCUGGUCACUUCAUUCAUGGAAACCAACAUGGCCAUCAUCGCAGGAGUGACGUUUGGGAUUGCGUUCUCACAGCUGAUUGGCAUGCUGCUGGCCUGCUGUCUGUCCAGGAUCAUCACAGCCAAUCAGUAUGAGAUGGUUUAGCUGAUGUGACGUGACAGGGAGAUGAAGAGACAAAGAGCCUUGACACAUGACGAGAGUUAAUUCCCGAAACAUUAUCACACGUCCGGAUUGGAAUUUGCCUCCCUCCGUCUCUCUCUGCCUGUGAUCUUAAUGUAAUAUCUUAAUGUAUCUUACUGUAAAGCACCAUUCCUCGACUCACUGUUGUUGCAUCAAAGCAUUCUUUGCCACACAUCCCACCGCUGCUUGAUGUACAAGUUGCUCAUUAGCACAUAACUAGUAUCAGUACAUCCCACAACAGAGCAGGUAGACCAGGGUUGUCUGAGUUGACGCGUUGUUGGUCUCAGAUCGGCGUUUUGGGUUAAAGUGAUUUUUUUCUCAGUUGGCGGCAGCAUGCUCCACCAAUCUUUAGAGAACCACUGCACAUCUUUGUACAGAAUGACAUUACUAAAGCUUGAAAGUAAUACUUUAAUAGAUAUGUUUAGUUUUGCAUUUGCAUUUGACUUUGCUAUUGCUCUCCAUUGUAUAUUCCUAUAGCUGUGACAUUUUGUGAUCUGAUCAUGAGUAUGGAGGAGGAUAUCUUAGGUUUAUAUGAAAAAUUAGGAAACUGACAAAGAAAAGAGAACGAAAAAUUGUAUAAACGUUAUUUUAACUGUAGAUGAGGCACUAUAUUUAUUUUAUAUUAUUAAAUUGAAAAGCAGAUGAGGAUGUGAAUUACAUAAAUUGUAAUUCAGGAUCAUUUAAGCCUUUAAUGUGAAACUCCCCCACUAACUCAAAGUAUCUAAACUUUGCCCUACUUUACUGCUCCUGCAUACACUAAUGAUACUUCAUUUAAAUACAUUUAUUUUGGGGGGAGCCAGACCAAAAAGUGAUGUUACACUAUCUCUGAAGCUAAAUGGUGUUACCUUUAGGGAUGACAAAGUUAUUAAGGGAUGAGAUGCAUUUCAUCAAAUUGGGACAACAGCGCACACUUCUGUAUUCUUCAAGGCAUUUGCAGUGCUACAGCCAAGCUGUCGGAUAAAAAUGUACAGAUGCUGUGAAAAAGAAAGCAGAGAAUUUGAGGGAUAAGUUUAAAUCCUGCCAACUUUUACAAUUCAACGUGUGAUCCAACAACCACCUCAUUUAAAGCAUACUGACUCUUUAGUCAUGUUUCAAUAUUUCCUCGGUUAAGGUUAAAGUAACCGACUACAUUUCAAAAUGUCAAGAUUUGGUUUUAAAGAUCAAAUUACCACCCAAUGAAAUCUUGUUUUUGACGACCUCCAAUUACUAAAAUUCUCCCCUUGUUGCAGUUACAAGGAUAUUUACGAAAACAGAUUUUGGAUGUUAACAAGCUUUUCAACCAGAUCAGUGAAACAGAGAUCCAGCCUGUUAGGGUCAUAUCAGAUCAUAUCCAUUUGUUUCUCCCGGUGGAAUAUAAUAACCAGCUGUGUGUUACAAUGAAAGCAGUCAACAUUAGAGACUCGCAGGACUACAACAGUGCUCAUCUAGUUUUUACAGUAUUCUACGUAGUGCAUCAACACGCCAUCGUCAUCACUACCUGUAGAUAUUUAUUGGAAAUGUAAUUUAUAUAAUGUAAUGUUUCUCAUUCUAAUAUGCUAAUCCGUAUCAAUGUUGUGUCACAGUUUUGAUUCUGCACUUUGUGCUGUUAAACUGUAUUUGUUUAAUAGGAAACUCGCACUGGAAAAAUAAUUGUGGCCAAUGUUUUGUUGAGAGUAACGUGCAACAUGUAGGUGUUACAAUUUAGCUGUAUAUUUAUUAUAGUUUGGUUGGCAUUAAGUUUACAGCUUCACCAAGUGGUUUUCUAUAUCUCUUUCAGCGUGUGUGUGUGUGUGUCUGAUUUUUGUUUCUUUACUUAACAGUCUCCUAAAUCUUGAGUGUGUGAUUUCCUCGUGUGUAUGAGUGUGAGAGAGAGAGAUUGUCAUUUUUUGUGGAUCCUGCUGUAUUUCAUUUUGGUCAGUAUUUUGUUGUGGCUUUUCAAACCGUAUUGCUUUUAAAGCUGUACAUUUAUUUAGUGAAUAUAUGUUUUUCAACACUCUGAAUUAACACUUCCUUUUUUCCUUCCCCAUACUGAUAUUUUCCUGUAAAUACUCAAUUGUAAUACCAUCCUGCUUACACAUGGGGUCACCAGACACUCAAAAAGAAUUGCACCAUGCUGUCUCGAAUUGACUAAGUCACCAUCAGUGGUCUUAUUAUCAAUAAAUAUACAGAAUAACA